AACAAUAACAAACCUUGUUUUGAUCAAAAUGUCAUGUACUUUUCGAUAUAAUAUUCUGAGAUAUGUUCAACCAUAUUCUUCGUUCGUACCGCAAUUAUCUAAAUCAAUGCUGCGCGUCUUAAUUCAAGUUUCCGUACAUUAUGUAGAGACCAAAAAAUCCUGUUCCGAAGUGCUGUCCCUUGCAAAAAGCAAACUGACAAAUGCCGGCCAUGAAGUUCCGGAGAACUUUUGCGAGCUCUUUACUAUAGUUUUUUUGAUAAUGCAAAUAUUUUUGCGUUAUCCAAAAGGAGUGGUAAAGGUUCACGAGUUGCGUCAAUGCCUAUUGGUUGAUUUAAGAUUUUCAGAAGAAUGUGUUGAAGAUAUUUGCAAAGUUAUUUUACAUCAUAGAGAAAUACUUAGUAAAAACUACUCGAAUACCAAAUUAGAUCGAGUUAAAAUGUUAAAUGUGAAGUGGAGGAUCAACAUUUCGUUAACUUUAAAUACGAUCCAAGAUAAAACAACCGUUGUACUGCACUUCAAGCUCCCGAGUGGAAGAUUUCGAACUCUGGAACUGCCACUAUCCACGUUUCAGCGAUUGCGUUACAGUAUUACUUUGCUACUCAACGAGCUACAGUGUUUGCAAAGUCGAUCAGUCUUAAAAUAAUA